AUGUUCCACCGCCUUGACACACUCACAAAGUCACUCCAGUUCCCAGACGGUAGACCCCUCCGCUCCUCGUACACAGGCCUUGCACCACUAGAUGCCCAGCUUUCUCUCGUCACGGCAUUCUACGACGUCCUCACAAACUCUCUCAGCUCCGGCCCACGCUUGUUGUUCUUUGACAUCAACUAUGCCGUCGUAUGCGCAAGCCUAUGGACGCUCAUUGAAUCUCGCCGUCGUGGCGUGCGUUCCAGGUUCCUGAGGUAUCCAGCGUGGGCAAUGACUCUCUGCAACUUCAACGGCGCUGCUAUUGUGCUACCGCUGUACAUGUAUCUGCUCUGCCGUAGCAAGGCACGCUUACGCGACUCUGGCGUACCGUUGCACGACGCGGUAGCUAUGCUCGUGACAGCGGUGGUGAUGCUGCUUCAGCCGCUGCUCAUUUUUGCACCAGCGUGGUUGGGCUUCGAUGGGAGCGAAACCCAUCAUUGGUUGAUUGCCCUCUUUCAAGUGACCCCUAUCCUUGUUCUUGGCUUCUAUCUUGGCCUUUCAUCAAUUCUCCCUCGAGGGCCCGUAACACCAACAUCACCCAAAGAAGCCAAAAGGUGGAUUGUUGCGUCUCUUAUACUUGCUGGCAUCGUCGCUUUGGCCGUGCACAUCUAUACUGUGAUCGGCGCACUACGAACUCACGAUAGCGAUGCGUCCCUCACAAGACUUUUUGUUCCUGCUUGGGGCUUUACUGAUCCAGGCACGAUCCUCAAGACUACUGAGGAAAGAUCUGGAGAGUAUGCCGCGCUACUGGAAAACCUUCACCUGUUUUCCCAAUGGGAUUGGAUCGUUGUUUGUCUGGCAACCAUCGCCUUUGUCCACUUGUUUCUUUCUCGUCGGGAUGGACUCAAGGUAGACAAGUCUACAUCGCCACACGAGGUGCAAGAACUGGUCUAUCUUGCAGUAGCUACAGCAGUUCUCGGGCCUGGAGGUGCUGGUUCAUUUGCACUUGCCAUCCGAGAAGCUAGGAUCUGA